AUGCGAAGGCUUCACGACGAGCUGGAUGCCCUUGGCGCCCUAGACAACACCGUCCUCGUUGUCGCGAGCGAUAACGGUGCUUGCCCGACCGCGGGGGGAUCCAACUACCCCCUGAGGGGGUACAAGCACACCAUCUUCGAGGGAGGGGUCCGUGUACCGGCGUUCGUCUACUCGAAGUCGGCGGACUUGAUUCCGGCGGAGGCGAGAGGCACCAAGUACUCUGGGAUGAUGCACUCCACCGACUGGACUCCGACAUUGGGCAGGGUUGUGCCGGACCUUCCCCUGGGCGAGAUGGGGAAGGAGCUGAGCGGCUUCGACCAAUGGGACGCAAUCAUUGGCGGGGGGAAGGGUGAGGGGGGGGGCGUGCGCACGGAGCUUGUCCUCGGCCGCAGCAGCUACGUGUUUGACCUGGAUGUAGGCGAGAUCGUGAACAACCCCAGCCCGAGAGGAGCGUACAUCUACGAUGGAUGGAAAAUUAUCCUGCUGGAAAGGUGCACUGGGUGGUCGACCUUCAGCCAGGACGACCCUGUCAUCUCAGAAUACCCCGGCUGCGACCUAGAAGACGCUUGCACCAGCUGCACCGUCGAUUGCGGGGGUCCGGAGCUGAUCGAUUUCCUGUUUCACAUCGAUACUGACCCUUAUGAGACGGAGAACCUGAGGGACUCGAUGCCCGAGAAAUUUGCAGAGAUGGUACAGCGGUUCGAGGUGGCGACUACCGAUGAGGUUGUCGCGGAGUACAAGCCGGCUCAGCCGCAGGCUCUGGAGCGAUGGGACGAGUACAACCACUGGAUGGUCGCUUGGCUUUAAGAUAGGACUACUGUAUGCCUACAUAAGAACGAACGUCAGUCACCGGAGUUCAAGCUUCACCGAACGACCUUCAAUCGGAGAUCAAAAGCGGAUGGACCGCCUGUCGUCUCGGCACGUGAUGACCCGGACGAAGCCGGAGGAGUAUUUGUGGACUGUUUGUGGGGCACAAGCGAAUCGGCCCAAGCAUGACGGGCAGCAGGAUACUCACUGUAUUCAUUUUCAUUGUCGGUUUCGUGUCCGUUUCCCGCGGUCUGUUGAUUUAGUCUGCUUCUUGAAAUUAUUUAAAGCACCAAAGAGAGGUCACCCGUUCGAUCGAAGGGAUACAGAUGAAGUAAUGUGUUGUCGUCUGACAGUUACAGAGAUAGAGUGGAGGUUGAAGACCUGCUACCUCAAUAGUGUUUGGAGUUCAAGUGCCCACCGGCCGAUUUGACAUUGUCGAUUGUACGUACCAUACGGCGUGUGACUCGUCGCAUCGAGGAGAUCCGGUGCACAGUUUUUGCCUGUUCUUCCUGCCUUAAACGAAAGGGAACGCAUGGACUCGCUUGUUGCCUGUUCUUCCUGUUGCUACGGCAUGUCCCCCCUGCACCCCUGUUCCCCUGUUCCGUCCGUUGGCUUGUGAGCUGGUACUAUUUAGCUACUCCUCUUCCUUCCGUAAGUUUAGUUUUUGUUGUUCAGGUCAAAAAGGCCAGAGUGGACUACAUACGUUUGAUCUACUUCAAUGACAAGUUGCCUUUUCGCUGGUGGCUGUGGUGGCCUGCCUCUCUCUCUCCCGCCAUUGCUCAUGCUGUUUGCUCAUGCCGUGCCAUCUGUUCCCUCCCAAUCAGGAGUAAGUAGUGUGCUUUUCGUCAGUUUUCACAUGCAGGAAGUAGGUGUGUUUUGAAGUGAGCUAGUACUCGAGGUAUAUGCUACAGUGAGGUCUGCAUGCUGUACGAGAUUAGUGCUCCGUAUCUUGUUAUUAUACUGUCGAUGAUUGGCUUAGGGCUUUUAGAGGAAACAGCAGUAGUAUGCCUGAACAAAACAGCUACGACGAUGGAAUGGUGACAAUCUUUGGUACCAUACACCGCGGUCCGGACACCGUUGUCGUUUUUUCUU